UAAGCUACAAGGUUCAAAGUGCUCCCGUUAUAUCUUGUCCUUGAUAUUAACUCACCUACUUAAACCUCUGUUUUUCAGUUUUUCUGUAAUUUACUGCAUAUAUGCGUUCGCGAUAAUUAGUUUUAUAGGUGUUGAACAUUCAUAUAAUCUCAAGUGAUUAAAGGUUAUUAGACUGUCAUAUCUAAAACGUUUGACGAAAUCCAUUCCUUCAUCCUAAUCUGAUCAUCAUGGUUAAAGUUCUUUCGACAUUUUUCAAUGGCGCCACACAGUUGUAAAGGUUGUUUAAGAGACGUAAUGGCAGCUAGGAUGUCUAAGAAAAACACGGAUCCACCAAUGGAAGUUAACGGUGUCGAUGAAGCCCAUACAGUCCACAAUUUGUCAAUGCCAUGGUUUGGUAUGGACAUAGGUGGCUCGCUAUGCAAGUUAGUGUAUUUUGAACCUAAGGAGCUUCCAGGAACCAGGGAAGAGGCAGCUUCCCAAGUAGAGACUCUAAUGAACAUUAGGAGGUACCUUACAAAGAAUUCUGCAUAUGGAAAGACUGGUCAUCGAGACAUGCAUUUACAGAUGGAUAACGUAAAAAUACGAGGUAUAUUAGGCACAUUACAUUUUAUUAGGUUCCCAACGAGUGGAAUGAAAAAUUUUCUUAGUCUGGCGAAAUACAAAGGUAUGGCAAAACUAGUAACCACAGUAUCCGCCACUGGCGGAGGAGCGUACAAAUUUGAAGAAGAUUUCAGGCGGGAAGUGAAUUUAAAACUUGCCAAAUUCGACGAAUUUGACUCACUAUUAGCAGGAUUACAUUACAUAGAUAGAAAUAAUCCCUCCGAGUGUUAUUACUGGGCGAACUCAACAGAUGAAGAAAGGUGUAGUAAAGUGAACUACGAUUUUUCAAGGCCUUAUCCCUUCCUCAUUGUAAAUAUAGGAUCUGGAGUUAGCGUUUUAGCAGUAUAUUCAGAAACCCAAUAUAAACGUAUUUCAGGUACUAGUAUAGGAGGAGGUACAUUUUUAGGACUUUGUUGUCUUUUAACUGGCUGUAAUACAUUCGAAGAAGCAAUAGGUUUAGCUGCUGAAGGUGACAAUCGAAACGUAGACAAACUCGUUAGGGAUAUAUACGGAGGUGACUACGCACGAUUCGGACUUCCAGGAGAUUUAGUAGCUAGUAGUUUCUCCGCCUUGUGUAGCUUUGGACAAAUGAAUUCGAGAGAAAGGCGCAGCAACGUCACCAAACAGGAUCUGGCUAGAGCGACGUUGGUAACGAUCACUAACAACAUCGGAUCUAUAGCGAGAAUGUGUGCGAUACAGGAAAAAAUUGAAAGGGUGGUCUUCAUCGGUAACUUUUUAAGAGUAAAUCCAAUAGCAAUGAAACUAUUGGCUUAUGCUAUGGAUUACUGGUCCGACGGUACAAUGAAGGCACUCUUCUUGGAACACGAAGGAUAUUUUGGAGCAGUAGGAUGUCUUCUGCAGUUCCACGAAGAAUUGAAAAGUUAAAUAAUGAUAAAGUCAUCUGUGCACAUAUAUAAUUCUAUGCGAAUCCUUAAAUUAGUUUCUGUGAGAUAACAUGUAUCUCUUUCGCGAAAGGAAGUUAUAAAGGGUAAUGAUUUUGUGAGAUUGUCGAAAGUAUAUUCCGUUUACUAUUUUGUAACAGGAAUCUUUUUUCAAACAUCGAUUCUUUGAUAUAUUAUCGAUAAUCGAAUACUAUCGAUAUGUAGUUGAAUGACAUGAUGACGUUGGCAGUUAACAUUCGUCAUUAUCUCAUCAUCGUAAAAAUAUAAAAAAAUUUAUCACUGUACAGAUCUCGAAAGUGUUAUUUAUUUUAUAAAUACAUAGUUAAUUUCUGAGAGUACAUGAGAUUACUUGAAAUCAAUUUUAUAUUAAACCAUACUGUAUAAACAUUAUAGUAAUAAAAAAGUGUAUUUAUUCUCGUAAA